UUAUGUCAGUAGACAUGUAUGCCCGGUGCUUGUGAACGAAAAUUGCGUUGUGUUUAAUCUGUAAACACAGACGCACCAAUGGCUGCCCGCUGGUUAUGCAGCCUGUUUAGGAAACCCUUUGAUGGUGGGAAGAGGACGAUGGAUCAUGGCAGUCAGCAGCCACAGACUCCGCAGAUGCCAGGACCCUUCACAGGUUAUGCGGGACCCCAGGGCCCAUACCCUGGGCAGCACCCAGCCCUGUUACGGCUGGACGAGGUGCAAAGGGAGAUUGCCACCCUGGGUCCACAGGUGUGCUCUUACAGCGGCCUGCAGAGCGACAGGGAGUACAAACGACUGGAGCGAGAGCUGACCCGAUUACUGCUGGAGGUCGAUAAGGUGGAGACGGAGGGCCGGCCGGAGCUUCAGCAGGCUCGGAAGCGUGCGGCAGGAGAGGUGGAGGGUCUGCUUCGCUACCUGGAGGGCAACGCUACGCAUCCGUCUCGGCUGGGUCAGUAA